CCACCGUUGCUCACGUUGCCGGCCAAACAUCGCCUAUCACGCUGCGUAGCAUCUCUCAAGACGAUUACCAGUAGAGUUGACUAUUGCUCGCUGGACAUUCAUUUCGACUUGCUGUGCAGCACCAAAUAUCGAGGAAGCCUGCGAUAAUUCUUGAUUGGUGAUUUUCGACGCUCCCACUGUCUUCACCAUGUCCUCGUCGCCGUCGACAGCCGACCACGAGAAGAAAGCCUAUCAUGACUCGUCUAUGGUGGAACCGGAAUUGGCCAUCGGGCAGGUCGCAGACUAUGGGGAAGACAAUGAGGUCUUUCGCAAAGAUGGAGAGGUCAACUUCCGUACAGUCGAAUGGCAGAGGGCUUCGGUCAUCUUCCUGAAAGUCAUCUUCGCAACUGGUGUCUUGAGCAUCCCGACUGCGAUGGUCAGUCUCGGAGCAGUGGGCGGCGCCUUCAAUGUGAUAGGGUGGGGAGCUUUGAACACAUACACAGCUAUCAUUCAAGGUGAUUUCCGCAAUAAUCAUAAUAAAUGUCAUUCGAUCGCCGAUAUGGCCCAUGAGGUUGGCGGAGUCUGGCUCAGGGAACUCUGCGGGGCCCUCUUCAUCAUCGCAUAUGUCCUUUGCUCCGGUUCUGGAAUCUUGGGCGUCUCGAUCGGUCUCAACGCGCUUUCUACACAUGCAACUUGCACGGUCGUGUUCUCAUUCGCUGCCACUGUCGUGGUGAUUGCGUGUGCAUCUGUGAGGAAGUUCCAUCAAAUUGGCUGGUUGACCUGGGCUGGUUUUCUUUCCAUCUUUGUUGCGGUCUUCAUUAUUGUGGUGGCUGUUACGCAGAGGGAUCGACCUGCUGCAGCGCCUGCUACUGGAGAUUUCGAUUUGGGCUAUUAUGUUGUGCCGGAAGGUGUUACAUUUGCCGCUGGGGUGGUGGCUAGCUGUACAAUCUUUGUGAGCUCUGCUGGUACAUCGGCGUUUCUUCCUGUUAUCAGUGAGAUGAAGAACCCAAGAGACUAUCGCAAGGCUGUAUAUGUGUGCAUGGGCCUCGUCACGGCCGCAUAUCUGUCAUUCUCUCUAGUGGUGUAUCGAUGGUGCGGGCAGUGGGUUGCGAGUCCUUCUCUUGGCUCUGCUGGACAGACAAUCAAGAUGGUUGCUUACGGGGUCGGUCUUAUCGGCCUGAUCGUGAGCGCAUGCUUAUAUCUGCACGUAGCGUCGAAAUAUGUCUUCGUGCGCAUCCUGCGCAACAGUCGGCAUCUGCAGGCGAACACUCUGACACACUGGAUAACCUGGCUUGGCUGCACCACUGGACUUGGCUUGUUAUCAUGGAUCCUGGCUGAAGCGAUUCCGAUUUUCAACUACCUCAUCGCGCUGACAGGCAGCUUGUGCUUUGCUCCCAUCGCUGUGGCGCUGCCCGGCUGGCUUUGGUUGCACGACCAUAAGCUGUGGUAUAAGGGAACCGCUCGACAGAAGCUGGCAUAUGGAUUCCAUUGCUUCUUGAUCCCGCUUGGUCUGUUCUUCUUGGUCGCAGGGACUUAUGGAGUCAUUGAGGAGAUCGUGGCCGCGUAUGCCGAUGGAUUGAUUGGAUCCGCAUUCUCUUGUGCUGACAACAGUGGCUCUACAUAAUAUGAACAGGGGAAUUUGCGAUGUAGUCCCGUCGAUGGUCGGUAGCUAUGCGAAAUCAUAAGGACUAACACCCUCUGACCGAGGGCAGACUCAUAAACGAUGCACUGCAUGCUUGCUACUAGAUAGAUGUCUUGAGAUCAC